AUGCCGAAAGCGAGCAUCAGAAAGCGGCGUCAGCCCGACCGCAAAGCCAAGAAGAAGGCUGCGAGGGAGCAGAUGGGCCAGAGGAAACUGAAGAAUGGAAUGCAUGAUGCUGCCCCGAAUAGCUACUACCUCGCCAACGGAACGCAAACAAAAGUUUCGUGGGUACAACUCAUAGGCUUCUACCGGUCGGUACCAGUGAUUGAGCCGGUCAGAACUAUACGAAGCGUAAAUACUAAAAAAGCCAAGCCCAUAUUCGAAAACCGGGCUGCCGACAUGAUGAUUCGGAAUGAGAGACGCGGCGAUUUGCCACCGGUUCGUCGCCUUCAGGACGAUAUGGUAGAUGUGACGCCAUUCGGCACAUACGCGGCGAUCACCGAGGAAAACAUGCGGGACUCACCUUUGCUCCUCCUACCUCGAGAGUUGCGCGAUUACAUCUGGGAAUAUGUCCUCGGUAGCUACCUCAUCUUCAACACUCAACCCGAAAGGCCGCUCGCUAUGUCCCAUGACUCAGACCAGUACAUCAAACACCCUCUAGCUAUCCUGUGCGUCUGUCGUUCGACAUACGCGGAAGCGCGCUUCAUUCCCUUCGCCAUCAACAACUUCUGGUACAGGCCUACAUACCCGCCGAUGCCAAGCGAUGUAAACGAGUGGUGGCGGAAGUUGAUGCCUGCACAGUUCAACGCCAUUCGUACCGUUUCAAUGCAUCUCGGAAAAGAUAUUGCCGAUACUGAUAUUCUGAAAGUGGAGGCUUUGGCGCCUUUGGUGGGCUUGAGGAGGAUUGUAUUCAAUGUUUAUGCGGGCUACACGGGGAGUUGGAGAGACAUCACUGAUGAGAGAUUCCAGUUGAUGAAAGAUAAGCUGGUUAAGAGGCUUGAGGAGGUGCUGUGUGCAGAGAGAGUGGCGAUCAUCUUCCAGACAUGA